GAUGCUAGUAAAUCUGAUGCCACAAAGGAUCUAGAUGGCCCAUUCAGCCCAAAGUGUAAUCUUCACUUAGAGGCAAAGCUAGCAGCCGAGGAAAACAUGCACUUAUCCGCAGGAAAGCAGAUGCACCCAUUAUUCACUUCUAGAAAAGAAGUCAAGAUGUUGCGAGAGGUCCAAGAUACUAAGAAGUUGGAGGACAGGCAAUUGCCUUGGUAUAUGUGGGGCGAAGUUAUUUCUUAUGCACCUGUUCAUAUACUUGGUACUCAGGUUGAUGACGUUUCAUUGGAUUGGGGUAAUUGGAACUUUAUGGAGCAAACACUUGACUAUGGUGGUCGUGCUUUGGAAGAUUCUUUAGUGGUUUGUGGGGGCUUAGUUAAGCCUUUAAGGCUAGAUACUUCUUUUCUUGAGGAGAUGCACAUGAAUCAAACAUCAAACACAGAAGAAAAGAGCUCCACAAUAACCACAUUUGUAGUAUCUGAUGGGCAAUAUGAAAAGCAGCAGCUAUUGCCCUACCUAGAGUACCAUCUAAAUAGCAACUUUCCUUUGUUAUCAAGAUGUGGUAGUUAUGUAGAAAAUUCAGAGAGCAGGCAUCAGGAUGAACUUCAUAAAGAAAGGUUGUCAUACUAUAGACGUUCUGAGUAUUGCCCUGAAUGUAGCCUCUGGACAGCCAAGUACCAGCCAGAAAAUGCCUCAGAGGUCUGUGGAAAUUUUCAAUCAGUUAGACAGCUUAGUGAAUGGCUCAAGUCUUGGCAUGACAAAGGUCAAAAAAGUGGCAAGAAAUGUAGCUCUAGGGAGCAUUAUACAGUUGAAGAUGAUGAAAUCUUGUCUGAGACUGAAUUUGAUAUGGAUGACCGAGAAGAUGAUUUCAAACUUAGCAAUGUGCUUUUGAUUACCGGGCCAGUUGGGAGUGGAAAAUCUGCUGCCAUAUAUGCCUGUGCAAAAGAGCAAGGCUUUAUAAUAAUUGAGGCUAAUGCAUCUGAAUUGAGAAAUGGGGCAAAUAUAAAGCGCAAAUUUCAAGAGGCAAUGGGAUCACAUAGAUACAACAGAUGGUCCUUUGAUGAUACCAUAGGCUCAAGCAAGCAAAAUCUUGAUGUAGCGCCAGGCAUGCCAAACAUGAGAGAUAAUGUGAAAUUUGAUAGUUUCACAUUAAAAGCUCCUACUGAUACGCAAGAGAAUUUUCAUACUGAAUGCUCCCGGAACAAAGAGAACAGAGUUGCAAUUAAGACAUUAAUUCUCUUCGAGGAUGUGGAUACUGUUUUUGAGGAAGACUGUGGUUUUAUAUCUUCUGUACUUCAACUGGCAGAAACUGCAAAACGACCUAUAAUACUUACAAGCAAUAGCAAGAAUCCUGUCUUACCCCCACUAUUGAAUCGGCUGGUUUUAAAUUUUGAGCUACCAUCAGCUGCAGAGCUGUUUUGGCAUUUAUAUAUGAUUUGUGCUUCUGAGAAGGCUCAAAUUUCAGCCCACCUACUGGAGCAAUUAAUUAUAUCAUGUCUAGGUGAUAUUCGUAAGAUCAUCAUGCUGCUUCAGUUCUGGUGCCAAGGUAACAAGUAUCAUGUAGUCAGGAAUUUACACACCUGCAGUCCCCUUCAAUUUGACAUAGACACUGUGCAUCUGAUAAUUCCAAGAAUAAUUCCUUGGGGGUUUCAGUGUGAGUUGUCAGAAAAGGUGGCGGAUGAGAUCAGCAGAUCAAUGUUUUCAAUGGAAGACAACUUAAAGUUACUGGAAUUCAAGCCAGCAGAAAAGGUUGGUUCUGCAAAAGUUGAAAAAAUCCAUAAUGUAAUCAACAAGAGAAAGAAAAGCAAAUUAAAGAGGAAGCAGUCAGAUCUAGACUCUACAGAGUUUCCAGCAGAUGCCAAGGAUCUUGAUGACUUCUCUGAUGCUUCGGAGUCAUUUGCAAGAUUUGAUCAACAACAAAGAACUAGGCAGAGGGCUCAUAUCGUACUGUCUUCCCAGUCUGAUGACGAACCAAGUGCUGUUGAACUUCAACCUGCAGAAAUUGUGUCAGCUGAUCUAAGCUAUUGUCCAUUGCCAGACAUGUCCAAUUUGUGCAGCUUACAAACUCUGAAAGUUGUAAGCCCGCUGAGGCCACUAGCUGAUUUAGAAUAUCAGUCUCAAAGGAAUUGUAUUCAGCCUCUACUGGAAAGUUCUGAUAUUGCAUCUGUUUCACAUAUCUGUGACACAUUCAAAGUGCAGGAAGUGUCGUGCGUUCCUGAAUCUUCUUUUAUAGCUGAAUCUGACAUCAGCAGGAGAGACAAUGCCAUAUCUAUGGCAGUAUCUUCCAAUACCAUAGCUGUUAAUUUAAUUGAUUUACUUAAUCCAAUACAUGAGUCACCAGGAGAAGUUAACAAUUUGACUGCAUCCAUAACUGAGGUCAAUUUGUGUCCUGUCAGCAAUAUAAAUGAGGUUGAUGCUGAAUCAGUUUAUGGUAAUGAGGAGCUAGGUGAUUCCCAAAAUGGGGUUCAAUUUCCAGCUAAUGGAGAUGGAAUUGAGCUUCCAGCUAGUGGAUAUCAAUUUAUGGAUGAAUGUAGCCGAGCUGAUUUUUCCAUUGGGUUAGUUCCUGGGAGAUGUGAAAGAUCUCCACGUGUCUUUUCAGUUCAGGAAACAUGGCGAAGAUUACGUAACCAGCGGGAAGAACUAAGAACAUAUUUAAGCAAAAACCAGAUGGAGUACUCGGUUGUGGACCUUGCUUCUGGACUUACUGACUUGAUCUCUGAAACUGAUAUCAUGUUCAGUCGCUCUAACCCCCUCAUAAAUGACAUUCUGGAGCCAUCAUUAAUACCCUCUGUUGAGCCAGAUGAUUUUUCCUGGUAUGAUAGGCAAUAUGAGAUGGGAUCCACAUACGUUCAGCAUGGUCUAUGUCUUUACACAGAUAAAUGUGCCAAGACAUGCCCAGAUAUGGUCUUUAUGGAACCGGAGACUCUAGUAUUGGAGAUGCUGGCCUCCAGCACUAAUGCUAUGGCUAUGGGAAAGCUACUCAGCCUGGAAAGUACCAAUACACGGAACUUGUCUAAUCAUGGUUUGAAUUUAAAGGAAAUAGGUCAUGGCAUUUCCUUAGAAAGGAAACAACAAUGUGCUCUUAUGGAUGCUCUUCUUCCUUUAGUUCCUGCUAGGUUGUCAAUGACCCUCAGAGGCUCUGGGUUCCACGAUUACUUGUCCUUUACAAGCCGCAUAUCCCGAUUUGAGAGUGCACGGAUCUCAGAGAGCAUGAAGGAAAACAGUCACCGAAGGUCUCGAGAUUUACGGCACUAUCUAAGCUCUGGCUCCCUUUUAUUGUCUCGUGAGGAUGUGGCAUUGUUGGCUCGAGCCUGCUGCUUCAAGGAGGCAGUGCCUUAGGUCGAAUUUGUUGAUGGCUGCAAUAUAAAUACAAAUACUCACGCAUUCAGUGUUGAGCUUUAUUUUGAUUUGGAGGUAGCUGAUGAGAAGCAAUUAUUCUAUUUAUAUAAUUCCUUGUGUAUCCUAGGGAAGGCGCUCGCAUGUAUAUUCUUUAGCGGGGGGGUUGUAUAGUAAAAGGCUGAUAUAAUUCAACUAACCUUGUCUGCUAAUAUGUAAGCAUCCUCUGUAAAGCGCAGGAUAUAUAACAUUUCAUCAUUCACAGGUUAGGGUCUUGUAGUUGAGGAUCUUUUGUUGAUUUGGGAAAAUAUUAUGACAAAUCAAUUGAAUUUAUGGCUGGAUUUAUUCAGUGGAAACAUAACACAGCU